ACCGCGCGACGUGUUGCUGCACGUGAUCACUCGGUGACACGCAGAGCCCGGUUUCGCUGUGCGGCUUUGUGGAGGUCUGUCGGCUGUCCGGGGGGAGGGACUGACUGAGGGAGCCGCGUGCACCUUUCCCAGUCGGGCGGACUCUGCCUACUUCCUGUGCCGAGCGCCUGCUGGGUGAAAAUGGCGGACGCCUUCGGAGACGAUCUGUUCAGUGUGUUCGAGGAAGAUGCGGCUCCAGCGGCCAAGAACAACCAGCCGGGGCCGGCUGCCAAGGGCGGGAAGCGAAAUGCAAAGCCACAAGUUGUGCUCUCGGGUCCUGUGGCAAAGGGAAAGAGAGAUGCAAGCAAUAUUGAUGGUCCUGAAGACAAUAUUCUGGGAAAGAAGCUCAAGGUUGAAUCCUCUGCUGACGAAUUAAACCUUGCAGACUUAAUGCCAAGAAUAAAAGUGCAAGCAGUGGAUACAAUAGACGGCUGUACACAUGAGGUUGCACUUCCUGCAGAUGAUGAAUAUAUGCCCCUUAAACCACGAAUUGGGAAAGCUUCAAAGGAGUAUCCAUUCAUUUUAGAUGCUUUCCAGAGAGAAGCCAUUCUCUGUAUAGAUAAUAACCAGUCUGUUCUGGUGUCGGCUCAUACUUCUGCUGGAAAAACAGUCUGCGCUGAGUAUGCCAUUGCCCUUGCUCUCCGUGAAAAACAGCGUGUUAUUUUCACAAGUCCCAUAAAAGCACUCAGUAACCAGAAAUACAGAGAGAUGUAUGAAGAAUUCCAAGACGUCGGGCUAAUGACGGGCGAUGUCACAAUUAAUCCCACUGCAUCAUGCCUUGUCAUGACAACUGAAAUUUUGAGAAGUAUGUUGUACCGAGGAUCUGAAGUGAUGAGAGAAGUUGCAUGGGUUAUAUUUGAUGAGAUUCAUUACAUGAGAGAUGCAGAAAGAGGUGUAGUAUGGGAGGAAACCAUAAUUCUUCUUCCAGAUAAUGUACAUUAUGUGUUUCUUUCUGCCACCAUACCCAAUGCCCGGCAGUUUGCUGAAUGGAUCUGCCAUCUCCAUAAGCAGCCUUGUCAUGUCAUCUAUACAGACUACCGACCUACUCCAUUGCAACACUACAUCUUUCCAGCAGGUGGAGAUGGACUUCACCUUGUGGUGGAUGAAAAUGGAGAUUUCAGAGAAGAUAACUUCAAUACAGCAAUGCAAGUCCUGAGAGAUGCUGGGGAAUUAUCUAAAGGAGACCAAAAGGGGCGGAAAGGCGGUACUAAAGGUCCUUCUAAUGUGUUUAAAAUUGUAAAGAUGAUCAUGGAGAGAAACUUCCAGCCCGUUAUCAUAUUUAGCUUCAGUAAGAAGGAUUGUGAGGCCUACGCUUUGCAGAUGUCCAAACUAGAUUUCAACACAGAGGAAGAGAAAAAGAUGGUUGAGGAGGUAUUCAACAAUGCGAUCGAUUGUCUUUCUGAUGAAGAUAAGAAGCUCCCCCAGGUGGAACAUGUGCUGCCUCUUCUUAAGCGGGGAAUAGGAAUACAUCAUGGGGGACUCCUUCCUAUAUUGAAAGAGACCAUAGAGAUCCUUUUCUCUGAAGGUUUGAUCAAGGCUUUGUUUGCUACAGAGACUUUCGCAAUGGGAAUUAACAUGCCAGCCAGGACUGUUCUAUUCACAAGUGCCCGUAAAUUUGAUGGAAAAGAUUUUCGCUGGAUCUCAUCGGGUGAAUACAUUCAGAUGUCUGGUCGUGCUGGGAGGCGUGGAAUGGAUGAAAGGGGAAUAGUAAUUCUUAUGGUUGAUGAAAAAAUGAGCCCAACAGUUGGAAAACAGCUACUAAAGGGCUCAGCAGAUCCAUUGAACAGUGCUUUCCACCUGACCUACAACAUGGUACUAAACCUUUUACGUGUAGAAGAAAUCAAUCCUGAAUAUAUGCUGGAAAAAUCCUUUUACCAAUUCCAGCAUUACAGAGCCAUUCCUGGAGUAGCAGAAAAGGUAAAGACGUUAGAAGAACAGUACAAUUGUAUACAGAUUCCCAAUGAAGAAAGUGUUGUGACAUACUACAAAAUCCGUCAGCAACUGGCCAAACUAGGCAAAGAGAUUGAAGACUACAUCCACAAGCCCAAGUAUUGCCUGCCUUUCCUCCAGCCCGGCAGAUUAGUGAAGGUGAAAAGCGAUGACGAUGAUUUCGGAUGGGGUGUAGUUGUAAACUUUUCCAAGAAGUCUAAUGUAAAGCCGAACUCCGGGGAACUGGACCCCCUCUAUGUGGUAGAAGUCUUACUAAACUGCUGCAAAGAGAGUCUGAAAAACGCCGCCACUGAAGCUGCCAAACCUGCAAGACCAGAUGAGAAGGGGGAGAUGCAGGUUGUUCCGGUAAUGCUUCAUUUACUCACUGCCAUUAGUAGUGUGCGUCUGUAUAUCCCUAAAGAUCUCCGGCCUCUUGACAACCGACAAAGUGUGUUAAAAUCUAUCCAGGAGGUUCAGAAAAGAUUCCCAGAUGGUGUGCCAUUGUUGGAUCCAAUCGAUGACAUGGGAAUCAAAGAUCCAGGGCUGAAGAAAGUUGUCCAGAAGACAGAAGCCUUUGAGCACAGGAUGUAUUCACAUCCUCUGAACAACGACCCUAAUCUGGAAUCCUUGUACAAGCUGUGUGAGAAGAAAGCACAGAUUGCAGUGGACAUAAGAUCUGCCAAGCGUGAAUUGAAAAAAGCGCGUACAGUGUUACAGAUGGAUGAGCUGAAAUGCCGCAAGAGAGUCCUGCGAAGAAUGGGCUUUGCCACCUCUGCUGACGUCAUUGAAAUGAAAGGGCGGGUGGCUUGUGAAAUCAGCAGUGCGGACGAGCUCUUACUCACCGAAAUGAUGUUUAAUGGUCUUUUUAAUGACCUGACAUCAGAACAAGCAACCGCUCUUCUCAGCUGCUUCGUGUUUCAAGAAAAUUCCAGUGAAAUGCCCAAACUUACAGAGCAGCUGGCUGGACCUCUCCGGCAAAUGCAGGAAACGGCCCGUCGGAUUGCAAAGGUAUCAUCAGAAGCUAAACUAGAAAUAGAUGAGGAGACGUACUUGGGCUCAUUUCGACCAAACCUCAUGGAUGUUGUCUACACUUGGGCAAAUGGAUCGACUUUUGCUCAGAUAUGCAAAAUGACCGAUGUUUUUGAAGGAAGUAUUAUCCGUUGCAUGAGAAGGUUAGAAGAAUUACUUAGACAGAUGUGUCAGGCAGCCAAAGCCAUUGGAAAUACAGAACUGGAGAACAAAUUUGCAGAGGGAAUUACAAAAAUAAAAAGGGAUAUUGUGUUUGCAGCCAGUCUUUAUCUCUAGUUUCACAAAUUCAAAAUGGAGACUGAUCACAAAACAGAAUCGGGUUCUUUUGAAGUCUAUCUGAAUCCCACCUCUCCGGCAGUAUCCGUUCAUCUUCAGCCUGAACUCGUAUUAUAGUAAAACCAACAAAGAACAGAUGUUUGCUAUAAACCAUUUUUAAUUUUUCUGUGGUAUAAAUCUGCUUAAGAAGCUCCGUUCCAGGAAAGCAAUAUUACACAAAUGUUUGUACAUAACAUGUUACCACACUAUUUUAAUAAAAAAAAUUACAGUUUGAAUACCA